AGGUUUCCGUUUCCGGUUCCCUUGGGUUCGGCCGUGCUGAACGGCUGCUGCACCGUCUUCUCAAGGUUUCAGUUCCGGAGGUAAACAAUGGCCAUGGGAAUCAGAUAAAUCUCAAAUAUAAAGAAUUUCUACAUCUGAUGUGAGACAUUGACAUUUCCAGCAGAAUGAAUCGACCAAAGCCUGCUACAAUCAGGCGGCCCAGCAGUGCAGCCAAACCUUCAGGUCACCCUCCACCCGGAGAUUUUAUUGCUUUGGGCUCAAAGAGUCAGGCGAGUGAACCCAAGGCGCCGGCCGUGUUACUGAAGCCGGCUUCCACCAGCUUGCCUUCCGAUCGCAAGAGGGAGGCCGCGUCCACUCUGCCCUCUGCCUCAGGCCUUUCGGGUCUCACCAAGCGCCCCAAGCUUUCUUCCACCCCUCCCCUCAGUGCUCUGGGGCGCCUGGCGGACGUGGCCUCUGUGGACAAGAGGGCUAUAUCACCUUCCAUCAAGGAGCCUUCCGUUGUGCCUAUUGAAGUCCCACCUGCUGUGCUGCUUGAUGAGAUCGAGGCCGCAGAGGCCGAGGGGAACGAUGAUCGCAUUGAGGGCAUCCUCUGCGGUGCAGUGAAACAGCUGAAAAUCAACCGCGCAAAACCCGACAUCACUCUUUACCUCAGCCUCAUGUUCCUCGCCAAGAUCAAGCCCAAUGUCUUUGCCACCGAAGGAGUCAUCGAGGCUCUGUGCAGCUUGCUGCGCCGUGAUGCCUCCAUCAAUUUCAAGGCCAAGGGGAACAGCCUUGUCUCGGUGCUGGCCUGUAAUCUGCUAAUGGCUGCCUAUGAGGAGGAUGAAAACUGGCCUGAAAUAUUUGUGAAAGUGUAUAUUGAAGAUUCUUUGGGAGAACGGAUCUGGGUAGACAGUCCACAUUGUAAAACCUUUGUUGACAACAUCCAAACUGCUUUCACCACGAAGAUGCCCCCGAAGAGCAUGCUGCUGCAGACUGAUGCUGGGCGCUCAGGAGGGGAUCUCAGUGCAGGCAGCAGCCCUCACCCGUCCACCCCAGAUGAGGACGACAGUCAGACAGAGCUGCUGAUCGCUGAAGAGAAACUGAGUCCGGAAGAUGAGGGACAGGUUAUGCCCAGGUACGAUGAGCUGGCCGAGAGCGUGGAGGAUUACGUCCUGGACGUCCUGCGGGACCAGCUGAACCGUCGCCAGCCCAUGGACAACGUGUCCAGGAACCUGCUGCGGCUGCUGACGGCCACCUGUGGCUACAAGGAGGUGCGGCUCAUGGCAGUGCAGCGGCUGGAGAUGUGGCUCCAGAACCCCAAGCUGACCCGUCCAGCUCAGGACCUGCUCAUGUCUCUGUGUAUGAACUGCAGCACCCACGGGGCAGAAGACAUGGAGGUCGUAUCCAACCUGAUAAAAAUCCGCCUCAAGCCCAAAGUCCUGCUCAAUCACUACAUGCUUUGUGUCAGGGAGCUUCUGAAUGCUCAUAGAGACAACCUAGGUACGAUGGUGAAACUUGUGAUUUUUAAUGAACUAUCAAACGCCAGAAAUCCCAACAACAUGCAAGUUCUCCACACUGUGCUUCAGCACAGCCCUGAGCAAGCCCCAAAGUUUCUGGCCAUGGUCUUCCAGGAUCUGCUGACCAAUAAAGAUGAUUACUUACGUGCUUCCAGGGCCUUACUAAGAGAGAUCAUCAAACAGACAAAGCAUGAGAUCAACUUCCAGUCUUUCUGUCUGGGACUGAUGCAGGAGAGGAAAGAGACAACCUAUGUGGAUAUGGAAUUCAAAGAGCGUUUUGUUAUCCAAGUGACAGAUCUGUUGACAGUGUCCAUGAUGCUUGGAAUCACAGCACAGGUCAAGGAGUCUGGCAUUGCCUGGGACAAAGGAGAGAAGAAGAAUCUGGAAGUCUUGCGUGCUUUCCAAAAUCAGAUUGCUGCAAUUCAGCGGGAUGCUGUUUGGUGGCUUCAUACUGUUGUUCCAACCAUCAGCAAAGUGGGAGCUAAGGAUUAUGUUCACUGCCUGCACAAGGUACUGUUUACCGAGCAGCCCGAGACCUACUACAAGUGGGAUAACUGGCCGCCCGAGACUGACCGGAAUUUCUUCCUGCGCCUGUGCUCGGAGGUGCCUCUGCUGGAGGACACGCUGAUGCGCAUCCUGGUCAUCGGGCUGUCCAGGGACCUCCCGCUGGGCCCCGCGGACGCCAUGGAGCUGGCCGACCACCUGGUGAAGAGGGCGGCCGGAGUCCAGUCGGACGAUCUUGAAGUGUUGAGAGUGGAAAGAAUUCAGCUGAUUGAUGCUGUUCUUAACCUGUGCACUUACCAUCAUCCUGAGAAUAUACAGCUUCCUCCAGGGUAUCAGCCCCCGAACCUGGCCAUCUCCACGCUGUACUGGAAGGCCUGGCUGCUGCUCCUCGUCGUAGCCGCCUUUAACCCACAGAAAAUCGGUUUGGCAGCCUGGGAUGGCUACCCCACUCUGAAGAUGCUCAUGGAGAUGGUCAUGACCAAUAAUUACUCGUUCCCCCCCUGCACCGUGGCUGAUGAAGAAACUAAAAAUGAGAUGAUCAGCCGUGAGCUGCAGAUUUCGCAGCGGGAGAAGCAGGAGAUCUUGGCUUUUGAGAGUCAUCUUGCUGCAGCAUCAACAAAGCAGACAAUCACAGAGAACAACAGUCUCCUGCUGUCACAGCUGACCAGUCUUGACCCUCAGGGUCCACCUCGCAGGCCUCCGCCUCAUAUCCAGGAACAGGUGAAAAGUCUCAACCAGUCUCUGCGGCUGGGACACCUGCUCUGUCGCAGCCGCAGCCCCGACUUCCUUCUCAAUAUCAUCCAGAGACAGGCCUCUUCUCAGUCGAUGCCCUGGCUGGCAGAUCUCGUCCAGUCCAGCGAGGGAUCCUUGGACGUGUUGCCUGUGCAGUGCCUGUGUGAAUUCCUGCUGCAUGAUGCUGCUGAUGACUCCUCCUCAGCCGAGGAUGAUGAAGAAGGAGAAAGCAAGGAACAGAAGGCUAAGAAACGACACAGGCUGCAAAAACAGAGGCAGCUCCUCGGGCGCCUGCAAGACCUGCUUUUGGGUCCCAAAGCCGACGAGCAGACGACCUGCGAGGUCCUGGACUACUUCCUGCGGCGCCUCAGUUCCUCUCAAGUCGCGUCACGGGUUCUGGCGAUGAAGGGCCUGUCUCUGGUGCUGACGGAGGGGGGCCUGCGCGACGGCGAGGAGCGGGAGCAGCCCAUGGACGAAGACUCCCGCGACGCCGAGCUGCUGCCCGCCUACCAGUGGCUCCUGCAGGACCUGCCCAGGCUGCCUCUGUUCGAGAGCGUGCGGAGCAUGACGUCGGCCGCGCUGCAGCAGGCUGUUCACAUGGAGACAGAUCCCCAGACCAUCAGUGCCUACCUGAUCUACCUUUCCGAGCAUGCCCCUAUAGAGGAGCAGGCACUGCACAAUGACCUCGCUCUGGAUGUUGCACGGCUGAUAGUAGAACGUUCCACAAUCAUGAACAACCUCUUCUCUAGGCAUUUAUACAGGCCUGAGUCCGAUGCUGUGUUAUCAGCCCUCAUAUCCAUCUUCUCAAAAUACAUCAGGAGGAUGAGGAAGACCAAGGAGGGGGAGGAUCUGUACAGCUGGUCUGAGUCCCAGGACCAAGUUUUCCUUCGGUGGACAACUGGAGAGACGGCCACCAUGCAUAUUCUGGUUGUCCACGCCAUGGUCAUCUUACUUACUCUGGGGCCUCCUAAAGGAGACAGUGAUUUCUACACACUGCUGGACGUCUGGUUCCCUGAGAAGAAGCCCCUCCCCACUGCUUUCCUAGUGGACACUUCCGAAGAGGCUCUGCUACUGCCGGAUUGGCUGAAACUGCGGAUGAUUCGCUCCGAAGUCUCCCGGCUGGUGGAUGCAGCGUUGCAGGACCUGGAGCCUCAGCAGCUGCUGCUUUUUGUCCAGUCUUUCGGGAUCCCAGUGUCUAGUAUGAGUAAACUGCUGCAGUAUCUGGACCAGGCGGUGUCCCAUGACCCACAGACUCUGGAGCAGAACAUCAUGGAUAAGAACUACAUGGCCCACCUCGUGGAAGUGCAGCAUGAGAGAGGCGCCACUGGGGGCCACACUUUCCACACCCUGCUGAGUGCCUCCCUGCCCCCUCGAAGAGACAGCGCCGAUGCGAACCAAGCCAAAGUGACCGGGGAGACUCCCCAUGGGGCUGUGAGGAUCCGGCCGGCCAGCCAGAUACCGGUUAUCGGGCCCGAUGACGACCUGGCUGGGAUGUUCCUUCAGCUCUUCCCCUUGAACGUGGACAUGCGCUGGCAGAGCUCGAACCCGCAGCAGGUGUCCCUGGCCUUGCAGCAGGCGCUGGCACAGGAGCUGGCCAGGGUCCGGCAGGGCCACCCCCAGGUGACUGGCGUCGCGCUGCGCCUCCUGCAGGCCGUGGCCGCGCUGCUGACCUCGGCGCACAGCGGGGCUCUGGUCUUGGCCAUGCACCGCGGCCACGCCGUGUCCUGCCCGCUGCUGCGCCAGCUCCACCUGUAUCAGCGCUGCGUGCCCCAGGAUGUGGCUUUCUCCUCCCUGUUCUUCAAGGCGGUCAUGCAGAUGUUGACGUGGCUGGAGAAUCCCGCUGUGGAGCCUGGCCCCCUCCACGCACUGCUCAAGUCAUUCGCCGCACAGUUCUCCAUCAAACACCGCCUGAGCGACGUCCGGACGGGUUUUGUUCAUCUGGCUGAGGCCCUCGCGUACCAUCGAGACUCGGAGGUUGCUGUCCGUGCCGUUAUUGCAACACUGAAGGCUGGUGAAAAGUGCAACGCGGAACCAGAGCUGAUGGGCAAAGUGAUUAAGGGACUGAUAGAGGUCAAGUCACCUUACCUGGAGGAACUGCUGGCGUUGCUCAUGACAGUUGGCAUGGAGACGGGCGCUGCCAAUCCGGGCACGGGACCCGUUGCCAUGGUGAAUUCUCUGCUCCUUCAGGAAUGUGAAGAGGCGUCAGUCAAAGCAGAAUCUGAUUCAAGCACCUCGGAUGUGACAAAGACGGUCAACUCCUCUGGGCUCCUGAUAGACUGGCUUGAACUGCUUGACCCUGAAGUGAUCUCUGUGCUCCCAGACCUUCAGCAAAGACUGCUGUUUUCAUGGAACAAGAGUAAAGGAAAUGCAGGAGCCCAGAUACCUUCCUACAGACCAUAUCUUCUGGCAUUGCUGACACAUCAGUCAAACUGGACAACCCUGCACCACUGCAUAAGCUUCCUCCUCAGCAAACACAAGGAACUGAGACUGGAGCCAUCCUCCUCUCUGGACUUCCUCUGGGCCUGCAUUCACAUUCCCCGCAUCUGGCAGGGCCGUGACCAGAAGACCCCACAGAAACGUACCGAAAACUUUGUGUUGCGGUUAAAGGCUCCAGAGUUGAUCAGCUUGGUGGACCUGAUCCUCUCGGAGUCGGAGAUGAACAGCCACACCCCCCCCCAGAGCAGAAGGAAUCUGGACGAGGCCUCCUGCUCUCUCAUCCAAUCACGGCUGCCCUUGCUCCACAGCUGUUGUCAUGGAGACCUCGAGAGUGUUAAGAAAGUGUCUGAAUACCUGAUUAACUGCAUCAAGAAGUGGGGAGAGAGCGUGAUGAGCAAAAGGUGUCAGAACCUGCUGCUCCAGAUCUACCUGCAGGUGCCGGAGGUGAUUCAGCACGUGACUCUGCCUGGCGUCACUCUGAGCAGCGAGGGAGCAGCCGCGGGCAGCACCUGUAAGCUGGAUGUCCUAGUUCACCGUCUCAUCACUCUGCUGGCAGACACGGGCGAAUCCAAAUCCGCGGAGAGCCGCAUGUCUGAUGCCAACAUGGCCUGCAGGAAGCUAGCUGUCGCUCACCCGGUCCUCCUCCUCCGACAUUUACCUAUGAUUGCGGCUCUUCUGCAUGGACGCAUCCAUUUAAAGUUUCAGGAAUUCCGCCAACAAAAUCACCUGACAUUCUUCACUCACGUGCUGUCCAUUCUGGAACUCCUGCAGCCCCUUGUGUUCCACAGUGAGCACCAGAGGGCGCUCCAGGACUCACUCUUAACCUUCACCCAGGUCCUUCAGAAUUUCAGGAAGUCAUCGAGACAGCUUUCAACCUUCAUCAGUAAAUUUGUCCAGUUUAUUCAGAAAUACAUUACCCAUGAUGCCAGUGCUGCCGUUCCUUUCCUUCAGAAGCAUUCUGAUAUCUUGCAGGGCCUUUCUUCAGAAAACCCUGACUUGGUGCAGCUCAAGUCUCUGCUGGCUGGACUGACUCUGCCUGUGAGGAGUGGCGUAUCAGAGACUGUAUCUGAAGACAGAGAAGCAGAAGAGUCUUCAGCGGGAUCUCUUCCUCUCGUCAGUAUCUCAGCCUCUGCUCCACUGACCGCGUCUGACAUGGCAAAGUACCUCAAGAACAUCGCCAGAGGAGAGGCCAUUGAAGAUAUCUUGGAGGUCUUAAGUGAAGUGGACGAGAAAUCAAAGCGAAGCCCUGAAAUUAUUCCCUACUUCACUAGCGAUUUGCAAAGGCUGAUGAGCUCUUCUGAAGAGCUGUGCCGUAAUAUGGCCUUCAGCCUGACUCUCCGCUGUAUUCAGAACAACCCCAGUAUGGCAGCUGAUUUCUUACCAACCUUUAUGUACUGCCUGGGGAGUGGGAACUUUGAUGUGGUCCAGACAGCUCUGAGGAACCUACCAGAAUAUGUACUGCUGUGUCAGGAGCAUGCAGACAUCCUCUUGCACAAAGCCUUCUUGGUGGGAAUUUAUGGUCAGAUUGACACCAGUUCAAUAAUUGCCGAAUCCAUGAAGAUCCUGCGCAUGGAAGCGACAACCUAAAUCCCAAAGUGGACAACCUGGCUCGUUCUUCACCUACGAAAGCCUCACAUAUUCCCACAGCUAUCCUUCCGCAGGAUAACAGAUGAAAUUAUAUUCAUUGAGAAAGCAGGUUACUGACGAGAAACCUCCUGGCUAAGCUUCUAAAAAGCAGUUAAUACUUUGUCUAGGGAAAUAAGGGUUGAUGUAAAUACUGUUUAAAGUCCUGUAUCAUAUCAUAUGCACUGACCCGGGUGAACAGUGAGGAGUACAGGAAAAAAUCUGAGUUCUCAGACACUGGAGACGAAUCAUGUGACAAAAUGUGUUAAGCAGUUCAUUUCUGUCGCUUUUCUGUAUAUUCCAUUGUUUCCAGUUUAAUACCAUCCCUUUGCUGUUAUAGAGCAAGUAGUUUGGCUCACAGAUUUGAGGGUGGCUGUAAACACAAGUCUUUUAUUUGGUAUUGAACUUUCUUAGACUGAUCCUACAGGAAGCUCAUUUGCUACUUUCUGUGAGGACAAGAAGUAUUUCCCAAAAGCUUCCUUUUUUAACAUUUCAUUAUUCAUUAAAAACUAAAUUAAAACCUGACUUACUUUUUCAA